AUGGCCACCAUCCGCGCUCACAGCGCUUCAGUCGCCUCGCUCAGUUUGCACCGGACUUACGUGGGAUUUUUGCAUGCUGUUCGCUGCUUGUCUUGUGUGGUGAACGUGAACUUGCGGAGGUUCUCUACGACGGCAGGAGUUCCAGAACAGUGCUGUGCUGGGAGGAAAUCUGAGAAAGACGCAGAGCAAAUGCGCGUGAGGCGCCUAUUGCAACGUUACCGGAUGCUUCGGCCUGAAGAUUGCUUGCAACUUUGUGAAGAGCAUGCAAAGGCGGGCAGGAGCUUGAUGAUGGACUGGCGAGCUUUUCGCGCGGAAGGCAUGGACGACCGGCUGCAAUCCUGGGAGGCAGACAAACGGAAACGAGAAGAACAUCUGGAGCGGAUGCUGCGGCUGAGAGAUAUACAUAGGCCCGCACACUUGCGCCGACGCAAGCAGAAAGUUAAGCGGGUUCAACAGUCAGAGGAGCAGACACCUGCAAUAGUGACCGCAAACUUCACAGAAGAAGCGCAAACCGUCAGUUUAAUUGAAGAUGUUUACAAGGCCGAAGUGUACCAGGAAGUUUGCGCGAAGCUUGAUGAACAUCGUCCCACGCUUGUGAAUGAGUUCACGGACUUUGAUAAUCCCUACAUGUUGAAGCGAGAGGCAAUCAAGAGGCUGCUGGAGGAACGCGGAACACGAAAUGCGCUUGACGAAUCGAUGAUUGACGAGUAUUUGGAUAGGCGCCCUGACCUGGUGAAGCUACGACUUCGUGCGAAACUUCCUCCAGAGGUCAUUGAGCCCUUGGCUGCAUUUCACGGCCUGACGAACUACAACUUCGACAAGCGCACGCGCUUGCAGCAGAAGGUCAAUGCAAUGUUCAGAGCCGUCGAUGCUGCUCACUGCGACUGUUGGUCACAUGCAGAAUUGGACGUACUCCUGGGGAGCCUGGAGGAGAAUCAGCGCUCCGACAUGAAGCACGAAUUACAUCCCUUUCGGAACCACUUCGGCUUUGUGUCGGCCGUUCCAACUGGUACUGUAGGCUCCAUUAAGAUGGGGCAAGAGCAGUGCGGUACGGACAAGGAGCUCAGGAUGAUUCGGUAUCCCACGCUGCAGCGAGUGGCGCACACGCUGCCGAAGGAUCCGAAAUAUCGCGCUAUAGUUGCACAUGCUAUUCGCGUUCUUGAACGGUCGCCAGGUUGGGACUUCAAGGAUAAAGUGAAAGCGAUCAACACUCUGGUUGAAGUCUACAAUCACCUCCCGCCCAGCGCGACGUACGCCCGCAAGCUGGAUGAAGCUUUUCCAGUCUUCAGCUUUCAGGGUUUCGCGCUUGAUGAUUUCCGCCACCACCCAGCGGUCCUCUGGGACAAAGGGGUGCAGCGCGCAGGUGAAAUUUCUUGA